AUGGCUUCGCUCGCCGCAGCAUGUAGGGUUUCCGCACGCGCUGCCUCACAGCAGUUGCGCAGCCAUGGUGCUCGGAGAGGCCUUCAUUCGAGCCCGGCUUCACUCGCCGCACAAAACUUCAACAUGCCUGCCCUUUCCCCGACAAUGACCGAGGGCAAUAUUGCGACCUGGAAGAUCAAGGAGGGCGACUCCUUCUCCGCCGGCGAUGUCCUACUCGAGAUUGAGACCGAUAAGGCGCAGAUGGACGUCGAGGCUCAGGACGAUGGUAUUCUGGCAAAGAUCACCGUCGGAGAUGGAUCAAAGGCAGUCAAGGUUGGCACACGGAUAGCCGUCACUGCGGAGCCUGGAGACGACUUGAGUUCGCUCGAGAUGCCCGCCGAAGACAGCCCUGCGCCAAAGAAGGAGGCUGAGGCACCCAAGGAACAACCCAAGCAAUCUGCGCCAGUACCUAAGGAGGAGCGGACUUCUUCACCACCCGUAAAGUCGGACACUUCAAGCAAGGCAUCGAGCGCCAAGGCUACAAAGCAGACCUACCCACUCUACCCCUCCGUACAGCAUCUCUUGGAAGUGAACGGUCUGCCCAAGGAGGAAGCCGACAAGAUUCCCGCUACUGGACCCAACGGCAGGCUACUCAAGGGAGAUGUGCUAGCAUACAUUGGCAAGAUUGAGAAGUCCUACCCCUCAGAACUCGCCGGUCGCUUCUCCAAGCUUUCCCACCUUGACCUGAGCAACAUCAAGCCCAUGGCCAAGAAGGAGGCACCAAAGAAGCCUGCAGCCGAAGCACCUCAGGCUGUCGAGGAUUUGCCCGUUGAGCUGGCCAUGCCCAUCUCUCUGAAAGCAGUCAUGGAGUGCCAAAAGCGCGUCAAAGACUCAAUAGGCGUCUUCCUCCCGCUAUCCACCUUUGUCGCUCGCGCAGCCGAGCUCGCAAACGAGGAUCUUCCCAAGUCCAAGACGGCCAAGCCAUCAGCAGACGAACUCUUCAACGCCGUCCUCGGCCUCGACAAGGUCUCGACAAAGUACUCCCAGGGCAACUUCUUCCCCCAAGUAACCGCACUUCCCCCUACCAAUCUCACUGCUCAGCCACCAGCACCAAAGAAGUCCGACAUUUUGGAUAUUCUGGCCGGCAAGAAGCCCAGCCCGCCUAAGCGGUCUACCUUCAACGGAGCAGCAGGCGUCGCAGGUCCUCUCAACGUCUUCAGCAUCAGCGUACCAAAGGGCGACGAGAAGCGCGGCCAAGUUUUCCUCGAGCGCGUCAAGGCUGUACUCGAAGUCGAGCCCGGCCGAUUGGUUGUGUAAGAAGAAUCCAUGUCCGUCUCUCUUCUUCUUCUUCCUCUUCUUUUUUCUGCCACCACCAUCAUCACCACCACCACUGCCCACUUUAUGUAGCGUCUGUAUAGUAAUGCAUCUCCACUGGUUGGUACCAGAGAUGUUUUGUACUUGAAAGUAUCUACUAUGCCUUGCUUUGUUAUCGUUUUUUUUCUCGAUAGACCACGAUAACAGUAUCAUUAUGCAUGUUU